GACAAAGUGAAGAUGGCGGAUUUGUUAAGGGCCAAUUUGUCUGAGGAGAAACAUUCAGAAGAUGUCAACAAGGGACAAAUAAUGCGUUCAUGCAAUAAGGCAUCGAGGAGUGAUAAAGCUGCCCCUGUGACAGAAAGGACGGAAACCUUAGGCUUUUAUGAUCGACCUCCAGGGAAGGGGGAGAAGCAGGAGAACUCAGGCAUAGAGGACACAGGCGAGCCGUCCCUGCUCAGGUUCAUGUGCGCCGAGCUGACCAGGGGCUACUUCCUGGAGCACAAUGAGGCAAAGUACAUGGAGCGCAGAGAGAAGGUCUACACAUGCAUGAGGGUCCCCAAAGAGCUGGAGAAGCUGAUGCUCUUCGGCUUCUUCCUGUGCCUGGAUGCGUUCCUCUAUGUGUUCACCCUACUGCCCCUCCGGACAUUGCUCGCUCUCCUCCGGCUGCUCACCGUUCCCUGCUGCGGCCUUGGGGCACACAUUUGUCCAUUCUGCAGAAGGAGCAGCAGUUCUCGGUUCCUGCAGCCAGCACAGGUGUGUGAUCUGCUGAAGGGUCUGAUCAUGGUGCUGUGUUGCUCCAUGAUGCACUACAUCGACUACGCCAUGAUGUACCACCUAAUCCGGGGCCAGUCCAUUAUCAAACUCUACAUCAUUUACAACAUGCUGGAGGUGGCAGACCGUCUCUUCUCGUCCUUUGGACAGGACAUUCUAGAUGCUCUUUACUGGACAGCUACUGAGCCGAAGUCCAGGAAAAGAGCUCACAUUGGAGUUAUUCCCCACUUUAUUAUGGCCGUGUUCUAUGUUUUCCUGCAUGCCAUCCUCAUCAUGGUGCAGGCAUCCACACUAAACGUGGCAUUCAACUCACACAACAAGUCUCUGCUCACCAUUAUGAUGUCCAACAAUUUUGUGGAGAUCAAAGGAAGCGUCUUUAAAAAGUUUGAGAAAAAUAACCUCUUUCAGAUGUCUAAUAGUGAUAUUAAGGAGCGCUUCACCAACUAUGCACUGCUACUCAUUGUGUGUCUCAGGAACAUGGAGCAGUUCUCGUGGAACCCAGAUCACCUGUGGGUACUGUUGCCAGAUGCCUUCAUGGUGGUCACCUCCGAGGUCACUGUAGACAUCGUAAAACACGCUUUCAUCACCAAGUUCAACGACAUUACUGCCGACGUGUACAGAGAAUACAAAGCCAGUUUGGCCUUUGAGCUUGUCAGCAGCCGUCAGCAGAACGCAUACACAGACUACAGCGACUCUGUAGCCAGAAGAAUGGGCUUCAUCCCCUUGCCUCUGGCUGUUCUGCUGAUUCGUGUGGUGAUGAGUUCACUGAAGAUCCAGGGUGCUCUCUCCUCUGUCUGUCUGCUGCUCUUCUACCUGGGAAUGAUCACACUUAAAGUGCUCAACAGUAUAGUUCUGCUGGGUAAAUCCUGUCGCUACGUCAAAGAGGCUAACAUGGAGGGCAAACUGUUUGACAGAACCAGCACGACACCAAAAAAGAUGCCCAGCAAAACCAAAGAUGCCCCGCCCUCAGGUGAGCCGAAGCCAUGGUGUCCCUCCCCAUCAAUCACAAAGCAACCCACCCCACGAGCAACAUGGCCACUCCACCCGACUCAGUCCCCUGUACGCAAGGAGAGCAGUGAGCCAUCUCUCGAGUGCCCCCCCAAACCACCAGAGGGCAGCAGCGACACACCUCCAGAGCUCAAACACCGAGCCCCAAAGAAAGACCUGCUGGAGAUUGACCGCUUCACUAUAUGUGGUAACCGUAUCCUCUGACCACUGUAGUUUUUGCACAGGCACAAGAGCCAGACACUUGGUCGUCAGUGUCAGUGUCUCAGAGUCUGGUGAGAGAUACCUGACUACUCUGAGAAAUCUGCAGGGGGGAAGAUAACGGGAAGCUAGGAGCGGUCCAGUGACAUGAGGAGCCUGCCUGCCCAUGGCAGACUAGAUCACAGCAUGUGACGGUACAGAAUGAAAAAUGGAAGCCUGCUCUGUCUGUUUUUGGAUUUGGAGAGCGAGAGGUGCAGCUCAUCAAUGCAGUGAAUCUGCGUUGUCAUAAACAUUUUUCCAUAACUGGAAAAGAUGGUUUUGGAGAAGUUAACUUUUGUCAUUCCAUCAAACAUUGAGGGCCAAAAUGCACUUUGUAGUAGAAUUAAAAUUUCACAUUAAAAUUAGUUUAAAAUAAAUUAUUUCUAUAAAGCACUGGUCCAAGUCUUCAGGCAUAGGUAUGCUAUAUUAUCUGCAUAGUUGGUAGAGAUAGUGCCUCAUUUAUUUUCUCACAUUUACAGGCUUGUAUUUGGGCACAAACAUGGCCCAAUGCUUUGUCCAGACCACAGCAAAAAAGACUCCAAAUAACAGGGAGUCUUCUCUUCACAUUAUAGUCCACCCUUAACUGUGCAGAGUGACCCUUAACUGUUUUCCUAACAUUUCAUCAAGUAUUACAGGGAAUUUGUCUUGUGCAUGUCAUUUGUCUUGUUCCAAAUAGCUUUGGCCAUGAUAUAGUCAUUACGCUAGUUUUCACAGAUGCUAAAAAUUUCAGUCAUGGAGUAUCAAAGUGCCACACUGUUAUGACCAUAUUUGGAAAGCUAUUGAUGUAGCACAGCAUUAGGGAAGGGGAAUGGUGGUGGCUGUCCGUAUGCCAAGUUGCCUCUGCGCCCCUAUCUCGCUUAUUGUGAAGGCUACAUGAGCACAGCCAAACCAGCUGACAAACUCGCAAUGACUUUUCACAUUGUAUUAAGUUGCACAAUAGAAGGUUCUAGAAAUAUUUGGGUUUGGUUCGACAUGCAUGAAAUUCUCUCCCAUUUUUACAUCAGUGUCUGAGACGACUAGAACAAGUUAAAUUAGCGUGUUUCAUGUGCAGGAAUUUUCAGUGAUUUGUGGUUUAAUAUCCAUCGUUCAUAUUAUCUUUGAAAAGUAACAGUAAGCUAAAAUUAUUUGUUUGAUCAGAUGCUAAUUUAGUUCAGCUAUAUUACAAUUCUGUUGUAAUACACACCAUACAGUUAAUGUGGGUAGUGUUUGGGUUUGUUCUUUUCUUUCUUUUUUCUUUUUUUUUUUAUUUUGCAGUAAAGUGAUGUAUGAAGGUGCAAAUCAAAAAUUAAUUAUCCAUAGAUCCAUAUCUAGCUAUGAAGUCAUUUGUCUUUAAUAUGUCACGGGUUUGAGGCAGUGUUUGCUUUGGGGCAAGAAAUGUGCUUACCUAUGGACAUUUAUUUAAGCAUUUAAAACACUUGUACAAGGUUUUACCCAUCAUAAGCAUUCCUACAAGCAUCAUGUUGAUGCAUUAGGUGUUGAAAUUGGCACGGUUCCGGUUGUGCUGGUCUCACUGAGCAUUUUCGUGCUCUAAUGCUUCUUUUUGAUGUGCCAUUUUACUAGAAGUGCAGGGAAAUGUCUCACUAAUUUCAUAUGUUCCCAAUCGAAGACUUGUUAAUUUAAAUUUGUAUGUAACCACCUCAUUUUUUGGAAUGGCUAAUAAAGUUAUUUUGUAAUGUAUACA